AUGUCGCGCGAGGGUUUCCAGAUCCCUACCAACCUAGAUGCUGCGGCUGCCGGUACCGCGGCCGCGAGAACGGCGACUUUGAAGUACAUCUGUGCCGAAUGUUCUGCCAAACUGUCGUUAUCGAGAACCGACCCAGUUAGAUGCAAGGAGUGUGGCCAUCGGAUCCUGCUCAAGGCGCGUACGAAGCGUAUGGUGCAGUUCGAGGCCCGUUGA